AUGGCGUCGUCACGCUCGAGAGAGCAGGACCACAUCGAUGGCCGUCGAGCUCGCGAGCUCUAUCGUUAUUUCCAACCGCAGCGUUCUCUCUCUGCAGACCGACUAUUGACACAUUCGACAAGCGAUUCGGAGUCCGCACAACUGGGGGAUGCUCCUGCUGGAGAGUCUAUCUUCGCUACAACUCCUCCUUCACCAGCACUGUCUGGGCAAGUUGCCUCUACUACCACGGGCCUUCUGCCCGAAGCUCUCAUUCUUGGAGAGUACAAUGCGACUCUGAAUUCUUUUGCGCAAUUAGCGGCGCUCCGUCUCGAUGUAGAACGUGUUGUGAUAAGUGUGUCAGACCGAUCGUCGAUGUUUAUUAUAGCCCAAAGCUCGAGGUCUCACCGCAACGGAAAGAAACCGUCUGAGAAGGAUGAUAGCGGCACGUGGGAUGGCUGUUACCCUCUUUCCUCAGCUACGUGGGCGAUGUGCAAGAAAACCGUGGAUCUUCCGCCGUCAAAUAGAGAACGUGGAGAGUAUCACUUUCUUGAAAUCAACGACAUGAGCCGCGAUGAACGCUACAAGAAUAUCUCUUUCGUCAAGGGCGACCAGCGUUUCAGAUUCUACGCUGGAAUGCCUCUAACAACGGAAAGCCAUAAGAUCAAUAUCGGCUGCUUCUUUUUGCUGGACACAAAACCCCAUAAUGGACUCACUGUGGAGGAAAAGGAAAUCAUGGGAUCGAUUUCAGUCUUGAUCAUGAAUUUUCUGAAAGUGAGCCGACAGGCUUCGGAGGGCCGACGGGCCGCUCGGCUAUCUCGAGGACUAAGUUGUUUUGUUGAGGGUAGCUCGAGUUUUGUCGAUACUGCCGACCCUUCAUACACAGGGAGCGUUUCCACUUUGCCCGGCUCGCCCCCGUUUUCUGCUCCAAGAGGCAAUCAUUUAUCAGUACGGUCAUCGAACAGCGUUGAAGGGCUUUUGAAAAGGUCUCACAGCAGCGAUGCGCGCUCUUUCAGCUCAAUAUCCGAUUACAAAAUCGAUCCAGGUCGCUCCUCCAAUCCACCUACUCCUCUUCCCGAAUGGUGGUCCGGGACUCAGCGCAGGGAGCUCGAGGGUCUCGAUCAAUCCCAUGGCAAUUCCUGGGCGUUCAAGAGAGCUGCAAAUUUGUUACGUGAAAGUCUAGAGCUUGGGGGCGACGGCGGUGUUGUCUUUCUCGAGACUGGUACCACUCCAGCGCUCGAUAUCGACUCAGGAAGUGACUAUACCGCUGAAAACGUAACCCCGGCCUCUGUGCUGGCAAUGUCCACCAACGAGGAGCCCUUUGCGCCGUCGCCCGGAUCGACAGUGGCUUCUCCCGCGGCCAAUCUCGACACUGGGUUUCUCCAACAGCUUAUACGCCGAUACAGCAAAGGGAAGCUAUGGUCCUUUCAUCGAGAUGGCAGUGUUUCGAGCUCGGACGAUGAAAAUGCCAAGCCCUCAAGAAAUAGUGCCCGGACUGCAAGGGCCCAGGAGCUGACAAAGAGCGCACCGAAAAGAUGGAGAAGCGUUGAAAAUACGUUACUUAAUACCUAUUUUCCCAACGCGACCCAAGUACUUUUCGUCCCGUUGUGGAAUGCCGCAAGUUCCCAGUGGUUCGCAGGAUGCUUCUGCUGGAACACAGUGGAGAGUCGUGUCUUUAGCUCCUCCGUCGAGCUGAGCUCUGUGCUGGGGUUUGGUUCCUCCAUUAUGGUGGAACAUAGCCGUCUUGAAUCACUCAUUUCAGAUCGCCAGAAAGGCGAUUUUAUUGGCAGCAUUUCUCCGUUGCAUGGUAUAUUGGCAGCGGCAGAGUUUUUGAGCGGCACAAAUCUGGACGAGUUCCAGGGCCAGUUGUUAGACACCAUCAACGCAUGCAGCCUAACGUUGUUGGACACAAUGAACCAAGUUCUUGAUUUCAGCAAGAUCGUUUCGCUGGAGAGGAAGGCUCGCCAAAUGAGACAAAACAAGAAGCAACAGUUUGCAGGUUUCAGUGGUAAAGCAUCAGUUGGCUUGGACAACUCCGUGCGAACUGAUAUUGCGCUCCUAGCAGAGGAGGUGGUGGAAGGCGUAUGUCUUGGACACGCAUACAGUCUGAAAUCAUCCUCCAAUCCAAUGAGCCCCGCCGCGGAUUUGCCCAAAGGGAAACGGGUUAGUCAUCCUCGCGCUGAGAUGGGCGUGGAAGUAGUUGUCGACAUCGCGCAAAAUAACUGGACCUACAAUGCCCAGCCAGGUGCCUUGAGGCGGAUCAUCAUGAACGUCUUCGGUAACGCCAUGAAAUACACAGAGGCAGGCCACGUUUGUGUUCGUCUUGAAGCCGCUGAAUCUAACGACGAUCGCCAUAGCCAACCAGCGGAGGAUUUGAUAACAUUGACGGUGUCCGAUACUGGAAAAGGGAUCUCGGAGGAAUUCCUGCGCGGUCGACUAUAUACUCCAUUCGCGCAAGAGGACACGCUCGCUGUAGGAACGGGGCUUGGGUUGUCAAUCGUUCGCAGUCUGGUUAAAUCCUUGGGUGGCAGCAUCGACAUACACAGUCGCGCAGGUGAAGGGACGACCGUGAGAGUCACCGUGCCCCUCACACGCCCUGGAGACGAUGUAGAGGUAAUUUCGCCCACCACAACCGAGCCGGACAUCGUUCGCUCAGCGUCCGAGAAGGAUCCUCCGAAUCACUGUGACCUCCUUCGUCACAAUUAUACCAACAAACGAGCGGCCAUAAUUGGAAAGGGGCCUACUGAUGCGCGCGCACAUCUUUUGUGGUCUACUAUCUCGGAUUAUCUGACUAGAUGGUACGAGUUCGAGCUGGUCUCGUGGCCGUCUGAGCAACCCGUCGACAUCGUGCUAGCAGACGAGCAUAUGUUAGCCGAUCUUCCGCGUACUUUUUCGACUCUCACGUCCCUACCCCCGCUUAUUAUCCUUUGCAGCAGGUCUAUUGAUUACGAAGUCGCACGCAUGCAAUGGUCCCCCCUUGCCGACGUAGUGAGCAUUAUCACUCGCCCAUGCGGGCCGUACAAACUCGCCCGUACGAUUCAGAAAUGUUUUGACUCAGCGAAGGGCACUGUAUCGGAACAGGCCCAGGCUGAAAGAACGCUUCCGUUUCGACCAAAGACAACGCUAUUGACCGCGGCGAAUGCGAUACCAGAGGAGGAGCAGAAAUCUUUCGGAAUAUUGAAUAUUACCCCAGAUUCGACCGAUGGAGCGAGCUCAAAUACGCCAAAUUCCAAGGGCUCAGACAGGUCAACGCCUUCACAAGAGAGCUCAGAGAUGUCUGAUCCUAUGUCGACUCUGGCUUCGUCCUGCCAACUUCGACCGCAGCCCGUGGCGGAAUCUACCGCUAAGCUGGAACGUACCCCAAAAAUUCUAGUGGUGGAUGACAACUUCAUCAACCUCAAUCUAAUGCUCACCUUCUUGAGAAAGCGUCGAUUGCAAUAUCUAGACUCAGCUGAAAAUGGGCAGCUUGCAGUCGACGCUGUAGAACGAACGCCUGGAGGGUACGACUUGAUUUUCAUGGACAUCUCCAUGCCGGUUAUGAACGGUUUCGAAGCUACGCGGGCCAUCCGUGCCAUCGAAAGAGAGCGCGGGACGGAGCUUCCUACCCCGGCGACCAUCAUCGCCCUCACAGGGCUGAGCAGUGUGCGCGACGAAUCCGAAGCGCUCUCCUCCGGCUUUGAUCUCUUCCUCACGAAACCCGUGUCGUUCAAAGAAGUGUCUAAGUUACUCGACGAAUGGAGUGCAAAGGCAAUCUAA